UAGACGCAGUUCCGAGAGUCCCUAUCAGUUGCACAAUAUGUCACCGCUUAAGAAGACACCCAUUGAGGAAAAUAAGAUAAUAUCAGCUCUGAUUGGUUGCGAACCCGAACCUCUAUUAGCGAUGAGUUGCCAGAGCUCUCCCACAUCGUCCACAUCUUCGGCUCAAUACAAGAGUAUUUGUUCAUUGAGUGAUCUCGUGGACAGAGAACUGGUCGCUACUAUUGGAUGGGCAAAACAAAUUCCCGGUUUUACAGAUUUGAUUCUUAACGAUCAGAUGAGACUAUUGCAGACCACUUGGGCUGAAGUUCUUUCCCUUUCAUUAGCUUUUCGAUCUCAUCAGUAUUGUAUGCAAUGCACGCCAACGACAGGGUCGGCACCAGCAAGUGUUGGCACAACACCCACUAAACUUGUUUUUGCCAACGACUUGAUUAUGGAUUCAGAACAGGCCGGACAGUGCAGAGCUGAUGAACUGUUUAACCAUUCAAUACAAUUAGUAAAAAGACUUAAUUUUGUA